AACCAGACGCGGCACAGAACACACCUCACACGCAGAAUGACGGCCAAAAUCAAGCUGCGGACCCAGCUGCACCUAAUGACUGGCUUCAUGGCGGGAUUCAUCUUCGCCUUCGUGCUGCUCCUCUACGUCUACGAUGUGAAUCGUGCAUCGCCCUGGUGCACCAGCUCCGCCACAAUGCCAACGGCAACAACAACCCCCCUGGCAAGGAUUGAGGAGGCGUCUGCCACAAGGAUUCUAUGCAUGGUGCUCACUUGUCCAGAGAAUGUGCAGAGUUUGGCGCGACAUGUCCAUGCCACUUGGGGCAAGCGAUGCAGCCGCCUGGUGUUCGUCAGCAGUGAGAGCUACGAACCGCUGGGAGUGGUCCAGGUUGUAGAUCCCAGCGGUGGCGGCUAUGAGGAUCUGUGGAACAAGACACGCGAGGGGUUCCGCCAUGUCUGGCAGGAGUAUGGCCAGGACUUUGAUUGGUAUCUGAAGGCAGACGAUGAUACCUAUGUCAUCAUGGAGAAUAUGCAGUUCCUGCUCUCCGCCUAUGAUCCCACCACGCCUGUCUAUUUGGGCUACAAGAUGACCCGCUACAAUGUGAGCUACAUGUCUGGUGGCGCCUCCUAUGUCCUAAGCCGCGAGGCGCUUCAUCGUUUUAUGACCCAAGCGUUUGAAUCUGAGGUGGUUUGUCCGCAGCCCAAGAGAAUGGGCAUUGAGGACUUCUAUAUGGGCAUCUGUCUGCAGAAUGUGGGCGUUCAUUUGGUGGACUCUGCACAGGCGCUGACAGAGGACACCAAGCACAAAUUCAUGCCACUGGAUCUGGAGAGCUAUAUGUCCGACUCGAACGCUACUACGCCGGAUUGGUUGCGGCUGAUGAGUGUGUCCGAAGUCGAAACUGGCUUCAACUGCUGCUCCAAUUAUUCGGUGGCCUUUCAUUAUGCCAGCCCCGAACGAAUGUACCUCUAUGAGUUUUUGCUUUACCAUCUACAAGUCUUUGGACGCCACGAGCCCUCACAGAAUCCAACCAGGCACCAUUAUACCACAUCAGAUUUGAUGCAGAAAUUUCCUCUGGAGGAUAAUUAUUUCAUAAAAGACUUACUAAAAAUGUCAGAGAAGCCAGAGAAUUUUUAAAUUCUACAUAUCGUAUGAGACUCUCACUUUUUUCAUGUGAUCUUAUUAUUAAUAAGCUAUAGCUAUAUAUUUAGAUUUAAGCUUGUAUUUGAGUCUUUUGUCUUUGACGUUAUCUAAGCUUGUAGGAGUAUUUUAGAAUACAAAUCAAUAUUAUAUAUAUACAAUAUUAAUCAGCAAAAUAUUAAAAUAGCUGUACGCUUAAAAUAAAUAUACCCAGAACAGACCAUCUGUAUCUUGCUCCUCUGCAUCUAAAGGGUACACCCUCUUGGGGUCAUUGCUGAAAGCACAUUAUAAAGGAUUAAGUGUAAAAUGUGGCAGGGUAGUAAAUAAGUGGCCUCCUUCAAGUGUUCAUGUUUAUGAACAGUAGUAAAUAAUGUAGGAAGGAGCAGCACAAAUAUACUUUUGUCGAACUAUACAAGUAGAUUUUCCUACCUUAUUGACUUUUUAUUUGUAUUUUAUACAAA